AUGCCUACUGGUAAAAACUCCAAGCUAUAUGAUAUCUUCAAUCAUUCCACUGAAAACGACGGUAACAAUAACAUUAAUGAAGGCGCACAUUGGACAGGACAACAGGAAGCUACAUUCCCACCUGCAAAUCCAGGAAAUACAUUCGAUACAAUGCUAGAAGUGCUUCCGGAUGAUAUCAGUUUUAACUCUUUUUUCCCCCCUACACAGACAAACAACAACAAUAAUAAUAAUAAUAGUAAUGAAUUUGGACAUGAAUUUGUACCGAUGAAAAUGGGCAUGAACGACUUCUCAUCCGUGUUUGAUCAAAUAUCAGAAGAAAAUAACAAUAAUACAGGUGCAACGAUACAACCUAUAGAUAUAAUGAACCAACAAAAUGGGGAAAUUGCUCAAUUAUGGGAUUUUAACGUUGAUACUUUAAAUAUGACACCAUCGAACUCUAGUGACUCGGCCACUAUUAGUGCACCAAAUAGUUAUAAUUCAGAAAUUGGAAGUGUACCAUUACAUGGAACCACUCCAUUGAAGAAUACUUUGUUUUCUAAUUCACUGGUUAACAACUUUCAUCAAUUCAACAAUAACUCUCAUAACCAUCAACAGUUUAACAAUAAUUAUAAUACAGCUUCCCCAAAUAUGAAUAUAACGUCUCAUAAUAAUAAUAAUAACACGCCGCCUGUUUUUAAACCAAGAUCUGCAUCAAUAACAAAGAGACCAUCAUUCACUUCCAAUGCACAGUUUAAUAAACAGCAAUUUCAAAAUGAGGAUAAUGCUCUCCCGUUAACGACAAAUAACGCCAUAAGGAAAAAUUCCAUGUCAAGACAAAUUUCAUCUUCCUCGUUAUCUACUUACAAGAAAGACAUUCCAUCUUCUACUUCCAUUAUCAGCAAUCAAAAUAAUUCUUUAAAUAAGAAACCAAUAAUACAAUGUUUUAAUUGUAAAACUUUCAAGACACCACUUUGGAGAAGAGAUCCACAAGGUAAUACUCUUUGUAAUGCAUGUGGUUUGUUCCAAAAAUUACAUGGUACAAUGAGACCAUUGUCUUUAAAGUCAGAUGUCAUCAAGAAGAGAAAUACAAGAAAGAGAACAAAGAAAAAGAUGUUAAAUGAAAAUGAAAAUAAUUCCAAACCAAUAAACAAUAUUCUACCAAUUAAUACUUAUAAUCUUCCGACUAAUAAUAACUCAAAUACACAUACUCGUGGACAUAUUAAUAUUCCAUUACAAAUAUACCCUAAUAACCAUUCACAACAUUCUAAUGCCACUAACAAGCUCCUACAAUCAAACAAGAAAACAUCUGAAUCUACAACAAUGACCACGGUUAAUACAAAUGUCGUAGCAGAAUUGAAUCCAACUCCAAGAUUGGGAUUAAAUUUAUCAAACUCUUUGAAGCCACAAUCAGCAACAUCUUUAUCGAAUUUGACAUUAAAUAUGCAUAGUGGCAAUAAUUUAAACAAUGUCCAAUCCAAGAAAUCAAGACGAAGUAGUACUUCUUCCAACAAUUCAUCAUCAAGUAGAACAUCGGGAAGAUCCAUGGUCCCCAUAUUACCGAAACCGUCACCAAGUUCAAUACCGUCUCCUCAAUUCAAUUCCUCUUCCAAUCAACCACCACCUAUUAGUGCUACUAAUAGUGCGGUAUCUUCACCGAGGUAUAUCAACUCUUCCAACAUAAUAUCAAAUAGUCCCUUACAGCAAGGGUUUUUCUCAACUUCCACUGGUAGACCAGGUGUUUCCAUCCCAAGAAGAAAAUUAUCAAGAAAUCCUUCAUAUUCUUCCUCAUUUAUGGCUGCAUCAUUACAGCAGUUACAACAGCAGAAGCAACAACAAGUGAAAUCCUUAAAGCAAGGUCAAGAAAGUACAGGUUCUACCAUUACAAUGCCAAAUAGCUGGAAUUCAAAUUCAAAUCCAAGUUCAAUACCAAAGCAACACAAUUUCGAAUUAUUCAAUAAUAGUAAUAAUACUACAAUUUUGGAGUCCACGGUAGAACCACCCUCUAGACCAGAAUCUAGAAAAUCACAUACUUCAUUACUAUCCCAACAAUUACAAAAGAAUUCAUCAUCACAGUCUAGUGAAAAUGGAGUUAUCCACAGUCCAGAAGAUAUAAUAUCAAGACCCAACACAAACAAAUCGAACGACUCAUCAGAAUCAAUGUUACAAACUCCAAGAGAUUCAAUUUCAAGUAGAUCUUCGUUCAACGGUGACCCAUUGAAUAUAAAUGAUAAUAUAUUUUCCAAUCGAACAUAUACUGAUUCGUUACAGCAACAGAGAAGAUUCCAACAGAGAAAUGAGGAAAAUAUGAAUUUUAUAGCUAGGAAUAACGGUAAUAUCAUUAAUGGUAGAAUGACCACUGGAGAUAUUUUGAUGAAUUCAUCUUCUACGAUAACAACUCCUGCUCCAGAUGGUCAACCACGUCAACUAGAUUCUGUUAAGGAAACUGAAACUGGUCGUAAUGGGAAUGCUAAUACGAAUAUAGCUGACGAACUGGAUUGGUUGAAGUUCGGUAUGUAA